UUACCUACGGGUAGAGGAGUCCCGAGUAUUAAAAAAAGAGCAGCUGGGGUGCAUUCCAAGGCGGCCAGUGAGUCAAAAUGUGCAGCCUAAUAAAAAGAAUUUCAUAGUGUGGCCAGCCGCGCCAGUGUUUUCGACACACUUUCCUUUAACACCGCACGCGAGCAAAUGCAGAUGCAGCAGAGACGAGGAGGAUUAUAAAACGUCUCUUCACGUGCGAUGGAAUAGAAAGCAAAACCCAGGAGGCCCCCGAAAACAUGGAAAACUCCUUGUCUGUGGCAAAGAUCGGCUCUCCCCGCAGGUUCCAGUCCAUGGAGUUCCACUACGACAGCGAGAUCCCCAGUAAUUCCACCACGCCUUACGUUAGUGCGCCUUCCAGCCCUGGAAGAUCAGGAACCUAUACUACUACUACUGGUAUUACUGAUAAUAAUGGUAAUGCUGGGGGGUUCUAUUUUAGCGCACCCACUAGCCCAACUCGAUCCGCCGCCAUUUUGUCGGAGUUCGCCAAGUCGACCAGAGCUGUAGUGCCUUUUAUGUGGGAGGAGAAGCCCGGGAUCCCCAAGAAGAGCGAGGAGGGCGUUGAAUUUGGCGGCGGUGAGGCCAGUAUUGGGAAUGCGACUGAUUUCGAGUUUAGCGCACGGUUCUCGCUGCCCGACGGGGGGCUCGAUUCUGAGGGGUUGCUCUGUACCGCCGACGAGCUUUUCUGUAAUGGGCAAAUUAGGCCACUGCGUCUGCCGCCUCGGCUUCAGCAGCCUGCCCGGCCAUCUGGCUUCGAUUUCGACAACGCGGGCUCGUCUUCCUUUGCGUCAUUCAAUGCUUCCACCCCGCAUUCGCCUCGUUCCCCACGGUCGCCUCGGUCGCCCAUUAAAGAGGGGAGGAGGAUGCUGAAAGAGGCGCUUUCGGGUCUUACAAAGGGCGGUUGCGCCAAAGACAAUGAUUUCGACCCAUUUGCGGCGGCACUGCAGGAGGCGAGGAAGGAGCGCUGCCCUUCUCGGAGGCGCACCAGAUCGCUGUCUCCGCUCAGAGUUUCUCACUGGGAGGAGCCCCGGAAGUCGGACGCAGAGGAGUUUUUCUCGACUGAGCUGCAGAAGGGGAUUCUGGACGAGGAAGAGGAGGUGGAGGUCAAGAGUUCGAUUCCUGCUAAGCCGUCCAAGGGAACCAAGCGAUGGAGUCUCAAAGACUUUUUGUUCAGAAGCGCCAGUGAGGGCCGGGCACAGAGCAAGGACAGGCUCUGGGGGCUUUCUAUCCCUCCGGCGAAGCAGUCGGAGAAGCAUAAGAGUUCAGGGAAGGGUGUUAAGUCUAGUGAUAGUAAGGCGGCUUCUAAGACCAGCGAUAAAAGCAGGCAGCAGCAUGAUGAUUUGAAGGGCUCUCAUGGGAAAUCGGCGGAGGAUUUGAAGAAUUAUAGUGCGAAUCCGCGGUCCGGUAGCUUUUCUAAGAGCGGGAGGAGGGCGCCCAUAUCGCCGCAUGAACUUCACUAUACUGCAAACAGGGCACAGUCUGAGGAGCUCCGGAAGAGGACCUUUUUGCCCUACAGGCAGGGUUUGCUUGGGUGCUUGGGAUUUUCUUCAAAAGGGUAUACUGCCAUGAAUGGGCUGACUAGGGGCUUGAAUACUGUUUCUUGAUGAGAAGGGAUGAUGCUGUCUGGCUAUACCCAUUGGCUUUUCUGGUCAUAAAAUGGAAAAUUUAUUUUUGGCCUAUUUGAUUUUUUAUAUAACCAGCGCAUUGGUAUCUGUUGCAGAUUCGUCAAUCAACAUCAAAGCCAAUUCGACGACUGUAUUUACAAUUUUUAAGUAGUAGAUUUUUCAAGCUUCUACAGUUCAUUGUUACUAAAAAUAGAUUUCUCAAAAAAUCCUUGAGAAAGAUGUUUGAGAAUGGACUUUGAAAUCCAUCAGUAUUGUAUUUGAAAAGCAUAAAGUAUAGUAAAGAUUCUCCUAUCUGGAUAGAGAGAAAAACUGUAACUGCACGAAAGAUCCAUUUUAUGUAAUUAGAUGUAUUAAUGUACAGAGUGUUGAAAGGAGAAAAAGGCCCAUUUCUCUCUGCACCAUUGUGUCGUACAAUCUACUACUAUCAUGUAUCGCAGAGUUCUAAUUUAUGUUCUCAACUAUGUGUUAUUAUUUCCACCGUCUGGCAGAAUCAGAUUGCAUUAUUGGAGCGCAGGCCCAGAUGCUUUUUGGGGAGCUUCUCCGUGCAAUCUUAAUGUCAAGUCAUAUUCUCUGGAACAAAGUACGAUUACAAAAAAGAUUUGCCAGAGAGUGCUCAUAGGAGAUCUUAAGCUUUGUACUGGGGCAGCCUUUAUUGCUACAUACCUAAUUGAUGACUAUGGCCUUUGCGGAGCAAUCUGAGAUUUUUGAAGGGAGACACAAUAUCCAUUAGAGCUAUAAUGUUUGAUAUGGUCUGAACUGAAGGGUUAUAGGAGUCUGUCAUAUACAUACAAACAAAAUUGGCACUCAUUGUGAUUUGAUUAAUUGCAAUUUCUAAAUGUUAAUCUGGGGGUCCUCUUGGGACCAGUUUCAAUUU